CUACUACCCUUUUUUUCUCCAAGCGAGCAGUCAGUAGCAGAACUCGUAGGCAGAGCAAGAGAGAGAGAGAGAGUUUCAGGGAGAAGACAUGGCGGAAACUUUGAUGCCGAAGGGGGUAAUGAAGGGUCACUCUGACAUGGUGACCGCGAUCGCAACACCGAUCGACAACCCGGACAUGAUCGUCUCAUCCUCCCGUGACAAAUCAGUCCUCGUUUGGCAUCUCACGAAGGAUGAACAAACAUACGGUGUUCCUCGUCGCCGCCUUACUGGCCACUCUCAUUUCGUUCAAGACGUUGUCCUCUCGUCCGACGGUCAGUUCGCUCUCUCUGGCUCAUGGGAUGGCGAGCUCCGUCUUUGGGAUCUCAACACUGGUGCCACUACUCGCCGUUUUGUCGGACACACCAAGGAUGUCCUCUCCGUUGCCUUCUCCAUCGACAAUCGUCAGAUUGUUUCGGCCUCCCGUGACCGCACAAUAAAGCUCUGGAACACACUUGGUGAAUGCAAGUACACCAUUCAGGACACCGACAGCCACACCAAUUGGGUUAGCUGCGUGAGGUUCAGCCCCAACACGUUCCAGCCCACUAUCGUUUCUGGAUCUUGGGAUAGGACCGUGAAGGUCUGGAACCUCACCAAUUGUAAGCUCCGCUGCACAUUGGCCGGUCAUGGAGGGUACGUCAACACGGUUGCUGUUUCACCCGAUGGGUCUUUGUGUGCGAGUGGUGGGAAGGAUGGUGUGACCCUGCUAUGGGACUUGGCUGAGGGUAAGAGGCUUUAUUCGCUUGAUGCUGGAGGUAUUAUUCAUGCUCUCUGUUUCAGUCCGAAUAGGUAUUGGCUUUGCGCGGCUACGCAGGAGAGUGUUAAGAUUUGGGAUCUGGAAAGCAAGAGUGUCGUUCAGGACUUGAAACCCGAACUCUCUGGUGGAAAGAAUCAGAUGUUGUAUUGCACCAGCUUGAGUUGGAGCUCAGAUGGAAGCACUUUGUUCACCGGGUACACAGAUGGUGCAAUCAGGGUUUGGGGAAUCGGUCGUUUUUAGGCACUUUCGUCAUCAGCAGUUAAAACUUUUUGCAAUUCCGUUUUGUUUCUAGCAUUUCAGUUAUAUUUUGGUCAACAUUCAAUGUGUAGGAAGGAUAAUGAAUCUUCUUGUUUCUUUUGGUUUUUCUUUGUUUUUUGAUUGAAUCUUGGCUCAAAUACUGGUGGAUUCAUGGCAUGAAGCCUACCCUUCUCGUUUGCAUAAUCAUAUUCAGAGAAUUUUGAUAUUUAGGGAAUAUAAGUGAUACAAAUGUUCA